AUGCCAAGGCCAACUUCUCGCUGUCCCCUUUGGAAUCAAGACUCAACCGCCUCCGCCUCCACCUCCACGUCUCCGGCGUUUGCCUCCAGGCGCCGAGGGAGAGGUAAACAUCACAAAAGCGGCGGCAGUAUUGGCGAAAGCAAUCACCUUGCCAAUGAAUUUUCCGAGUUUGUGGAUUUCUUAGCCGACGAGGAUGUCCUGGACAGUCUUCAGUGCAUCAUGGAAGACGCGGUCCGCAAGCUCCGCGACGUGACAACCGAGGAUGGAGAGCGUCUAUUUGACAUCCAAGAAGAGUCUGUCUCCAGCGUAGACAGCGAAUCGUGGUCCUUUUCCUACAGUUCAACACGUUCCCAGUCGAAGUAUCAAACCACCUCCACCACCUCCAUCGCCACCACCUCCUCUAGCUCCGAGGAUGACUGGGAACGACGCACCAAGACCAAACGGGGGCCCAAACCCAGAGGCAAGAUGUGUCUUUUGGACAAGUACGCAGCUAGACUUCCCAAGCUCGAAAAGAAGAAUCUGGAUCAAGUGUCAGGAGGAUUCCAUGCAGAGGCAUUUUCCGAACGAUCAGGGGACAGUUAUUUUUUCCGGCAAGAACACUUACACAUUUGGGCCAAACUGGCAGAGUCUUUUGAACAGUUCCAACCGCUGAAAAAAGAUUAUUUUGCAAAAUUUAGAAAAGGGCCACCAGAGCAGUCGCUGUCGGUCGAGUCCCUCCAAAAGGAAAUUACCAACGUUUUGAAACGGCCGACGCCAAGCAGCAUCCCUUUGUAUUAUCCAGGACAAGAGCCUUUCCAAAGUCUGGAUUUCCUGGAAGAAAACAAGAUCCUUGCGGCCCUUCAAGAUAUUAUCAACCAAGCUGUCCACAAAGUCCUGUCGGCAACAGGACCAGAUGGAGUCCCUUUGCUGAACCUUUUCGAUGAUGAAGAGACAUCAGAGGAUGGUGACUCCAAAUCAGAGGGAAGCAAGUCAACUGAUGGGAAGAAGAGGAAGAAGAAAAAGGGGAAAAAGAAAAAAAAGAGGAAGGCAGAAUCACCGAAGGAAGAGAAGGGCAAACCAAAAUACACGCCGCCACCACUGCCGAAAAGCAAGCGGAAGUCUCUUGGCCCCGAAGAGCCUCAACGCAAACCGAAAUACGUGCCUCCGCCGCUCCCUAAAACGAAGCCAAGACCACCACCAGAAACCCCCCCGCCCAAACCAAAAUAUGUUCCUCCGCCGCUUCCUAAACCGAAACAGAAGAAAAAAGAUUCGAUUCAGUUGGAAGCCGAGGCACCCAAACAGCCUGUUCUUACAAAGCAUAUCAUUACUCCCAAAGAUAUCAAGCGGGCACGCUUGCAGGCCCGGCCUCUCCCAAAGCAAUCGGUCAUAGAUUUUCUGCUUGAAAAUGCAGCCAAGCUUAUCUUGUAUAAGUACAACUACGAAACCCUUCUUUCCUCCAAGCUGGGGCUCAUCUCGGUUCCCGUGACAAAAGUGCUCCUGGAGAUCAUGUUUGGCUACAAGAAAGUCAAGGGCAGCGGGAUACGCUUGUCCUCUCAGAUUGACUGGACAAAAGUCUACGAUGAGAUCUAUGCGCCCCGUCCGCCGAAGCCUAAGACACCCAAGCUGAAACCAGGGGACAAAAAGAAAGGCAAGGGCAAGAAGAAGAAAGCAGGGGACAUAUGGAAGAAAUCGGCAGACAAAAAAUCCGUCUUUUUCAAAUCCGAAACACCUGGCGGCAAAGUCAUAGCGAUGCAGACCCCCACAACUGAGGAAGAUCUGGAGUCCAUGCAAACGAGAGAGUUAGAUUCCGCUACGGAGCAAGAGGAGUACGAAGGCCCAGAUAUUUUCGAAAUCGUUCCUCCGCAGUUUCCUGAAGGAGGUGAAACCGAUGAGUUCUCUGCCGACGAGGAAAUCGAGGGUUCUCUCAUCCAGGCAUCGCACUCUGGCACCAGGGCCUUUGUUACUACCCCCAUCGAUAGUCCUAUGCGAUCUGUUGCUUCGGAAGACAAAAUGUCUUCCGGGACUCCUCAGGGUUCUGAGGUUCCUUCGCCUGCUUUGUCUCCCAAGAAGUCGGUGUCUUCUCGAAAAGUAAGCGUAGUCCAAGACAGCCCAAGAGGAUCACAGACUCUUUUGCCAGAAUUGGUACCCACAGGUCCGCCAUCCAACGAACUUGUGAGGAAGUCCUCAUCCCGCAAGUCCAGUUUUGCUGGGGAAGGCAGCAAGAUUAUUCUCCCGAAAAUCUCAAACUAA